UCUGUCCUGCUCUGCUACUUCGUGAUUCAGCAUAUCAUGGAGCCAUGGCUGGUUCAGAGUGCUCGCAGACCACCGGCUUGCAGCAACAAAAAGAAGCCUGGUUUGACAUUUCCUUUCCACCUACCUGGGUAAAGGAGGGGAGUGGCCUCUCCCUGCAGUGUACCUUCACAUCAGACCUGCUUCCUUUCCAGCAGGACGUCCUCUGGUUCAGAGAUGGCAUACAGCUGCAGCAGUCCAGCAAUGUGGACAUUAAGACGUUUGACAAUAAAUCCAUCAUCACUAUGAUGGCUGUGUACAAGGAGCAUGAAGGUGUUUAUAGUGCCAGACUGAGGACCAGGGAUGGAACUGAGGAACACUUGGCUUUUGUCUACCUUAAAGAUGGGUCGGCUGCAGUACCAGGAGGUCCUGCAUCUCCUUUGGCAGUGGAGGUGUCCGAUGUCAACAAGGACUACGUCUUUCUGACCUGGCAGCCGCCCAGUGCUGAUGGAGGAUCACCUGUGGAGGGCUAUUAUGUGGAGAGGUGUGACCUCAGUCAGGGAGAGUGGGUGCGCUGCAAUGUGGACAUUCAGAAAAUAUGCCACUUUCCCGUGUUUGGCCUGAAGGAGGGGGCUCUAUACCAGUUCAGAGUUUGUGCUGUGAACAAAGCCGGGGUGGGACGUCCCUCCAAAGCCACAGAGCCUGUCCUCACUGCAGACCCUCUUGAACACACCAGGACAAUGGUGGUCCAAGUGGACAGAGGAAGGACCAUUACCAUUACAAAAGACGAACUGGAAGGUCAGGUCAAAGCUCCUUUUCCUCCCACAGACGUCCGCGCCUGCGAGCUGAGCGACACCUACGUGGUGCUGAGCUGGACCGAGCCUGAACCCCGAGGCAGGGAGCCGCUGACCUUCUACGUGGAGCGGUCCUUGGCAGGGAAAAACAGCUGGGAACUGGCCAGUCUGGACACGGUGGUGAACUCUCCCAGGUACCCAGUGUUUGAUCUGGUCAAAGACAAACAGUAUUGCUUCAGAGUUCGCUCCAUCAACAAGUAUGGUGUUAGCGACCCCUCCGACCCGAGCCCACCAAUUUCCCUUGGAAAGCCACAAGGUAGGAGAAGAUGA